UUGGAGUAAGAAAGCAGGUCAUUUGAAUCAUGUUUGAAGUUAGAGCUUGUCUGGUCUUACAGAGGGGUGUACGUGUACGUACACACUGACUGCUGUUGUGAUCAAAUUGUGGUUUAUGUUGUGGAGUACAGUCAUUGUCAACAAAACAUUAGCUACAAGUGAAAGAGAAGAUGACCAUCAGAACCACACAGCCUUUCCUUAUUACCACCGGUGGACCAUAGAUCAAGAGAGUAUCUGCACAGGGUCUAGGACUAGACCAUCCAGGAAGGAUUCUGGCAUCACUGUUUAUGUCCUCACAUGUCCUUGUCACCCACACAGGCAGCAGAGCUGGUGGCAAGGUUUCAUUAUAAAAACUCAUUUCUGGCUGAGUUGUCAUCAUUACUUCUGUUGUCAGCGGAGGAGGGACAUUGUGGAACAGUUCUUGACAACUGGAUAUGUACAGAAGGACAUUUUUUUUUGGUUAUGCUUGUACUUGUACAUUCGUUCAACUUCAUUACAUCUGCAGGUGGCAACUCUGUAUGAAACUGUGCACACACCAAGCCAAGCAAAAGUCCCAUCAAGUUUCAAGAUUCCUUCAUUUUGAAAGUUCAACUGUGGCGCCCGGUGUCUUCUAAGUUCUACAGUAUUCAAGUUUAAGAUAUUGAGUGGCUGUAUAGCGUUCAGAGUGUGCAGUCACUUUUCAUUUCGGAGUGCCACAGUUCAAGAGCCCUUCUUCUGUUUUAGACAAUGACAGUGAUGAAGCAGUGGAGAGCAGCUUGAUCAUCUCAAGUAAAGAAGUUCUCCAACAUUUGAGGAGAUUACAGCUUAAGUCCACAGAUAAAAUUCUGUGGAACGAGGCUAUUGAGCUGUUUUUGAUGUACUGGUUUGAUUAGAUUGGAACUCUUGCAUUGGAUGACUAAAAGCUGCUCAGGAGCCAGUUUUGCACUACAUGCGGUUCGAUUCUGCCUUGUACUGAGAUAAGAGGAUUAGGACCAGCCUCAUUGAUGUUGGCCAGAUUUCUUCCUCCAAGCUUCAUGAUGGAAAAAGUAAUAACUCAUUAACUUGCACUGAAAGACCAGUUUCCAGUUCUUUCCGGCAGUGUCGCCAUCAAUUCCUUAUCGAAUUAAAAAAAGAAAAUUGUCAGUGUUAUUUAUUGGCGAAUUUCCAACGAUGGCCAAAGACAGCAUCCUGGUCACGUCCAAGAAGUCGCGGAAGCGCUCCAAGUCUCUGGACCGGCGCUGGCCACGGCGCAACAAGACGGCCACGGUGCGAUUUGCCGACGUGAGCUGCAUCGAGAUCUCCCAGCCAUCCCAACCCAGACGGAUGCACUCGUUCUCUGACUGGGAAAGUUGCAUGGGUAUAAAGGAGUCAGAUGGCCCACUUAUUAGCCCACCGGUCCAACGUGUGUCCCAGUAUGACAAGUACCUAACUGAUUAUUACGACCACACACCGCCCAGCCACCCCGACUACCACAAUGUCUGCCAAGCUGCACGCAAUGUCAGAAUGAUGGUGAAGGAACGGGAGGAUGAGGUGACUGUCUUGGAGAAUGAGAUUCGUCUACAGCAGGUGCAAGACAGGUUCCCCCAUGAUGACCUACAGCUCAUAGACAGAGAAACAAAGUCACAGAGGUUUAAAGCUCUGGCCAAUCGGAGGAGGUCGGCGCCUUCUGUUGCUCUCAAGACAGCGCUCAGUGGAAAGAAAUCAUCAUCACCUGGCAGCACCCCCACCUCCAGUGAGCUGCCGGCGCUUGACGUCGCCACAAACAACAAUGCGUUGAGCAGCAGCAGCAGCAGCAGCAACAACAACAACCGUGUGUACGUCAUGGAGGGCGCCGUUCAGGUGACCGGUGGGGUCCAGGCCCAGAGCCGAUACGUGUUCCUCUUCAAUGAUGUGGUCAUCAUAGCUAAACCAAACAAAUCCUGCACGACGUUCCGCGUCAAGCACCGGAUCCGCGUCAGCGAGCUCUGGCUGGCCACGUGCAUCAACGACGUGAUUGAGAUCAACAAGCCUGCCGACCGGUCCUUCGUGGUCGGCUGGCCAGUCACAAACAGCGUCUGGACCUUCAGCUCAGCCGAGGAGAAAGAACUCUGGUGGCAGGCCUUGCAAAAGAAUAUAACGGCCCAGCGUGAGCGGGAAGAACCCAAGUACGUCAACCUGAAGGUCCUGAACAAGGAGUCUCAGGGUACGGGGUCCGUGCACAGCCGCACCAUCCAGGUUGGCAACACGGAGACGGUGGAUGAGACACUGCGGACGUGUCUUCAGCAGUUCACCUUGGACAACGCUAAGCCCGAGGACUAUGGACUCUGGGUGCAGUCUGGCAAGGACUCACUGGCCUAUCCUCUCAUCGGCCAUGAAAUCCCCUACGCCAUCAAGAUGAGCCAUCUCCAUGAGGCUCUCUCUAAGCAAAGCUACGGAGACCUCUUGUUGCCAGGAGAGGAUGAUGCCACUGCCUCUGCCGCCAUCGAUGAGACGUCACUCAAGCAGCACAAGUGUCAGUUCUUCCUACGCAGGAAGGGAAACUGCCAUCUCGGCAUCAGUGUUGAUACCUCAGUGUUCCCAACGCAGAGCAAGCGACUGAAGAAAGGUCGCAAGACGCACUUCAAGCUGUCCUUCAAGAAGGGCAUCUCAAGCAAAGGGGACUUGCCUGAUGCCUUCUCACCUCCCCUCUCACCAAACUCCAAGUUGUUUGGCAUUCCCCUCCCCGUCCUCUGCCAGGACAAUGCCCUGCCCACCCCCAUCCUAGACCUACUGGCCACCAUCUACCACAACGGGCCCUUCACCACAGGCAUCUUCCGCAAGUCGGCCAAUGCCCGGGUGACGAGGGAGCUCAAGGCCAAGCUGUGCUCCGGCGAGAGCGUCUCGUUCGAGGAGGUGCCCAUCACAGUUGCCGCCGCACUGCUGAAGGACUUCCUGCGCAACGUGCCCAAUGGCGUCAUGUACAACGUUUUGUACGAGAACUGGCUCAACACCAAUAACGUUGAAGGGGUGGAGCAGAGGAUAAAUGCCAUCAAAUCGGUUGUAAACAACAUCCCUGCAAGUCAUCGCAACGUGCUGCGCCACCUGGUAUGCAUCAUGUACCAUGUCAACCAGCGCAGCGACGAGAACAACAUGAACUCCUACAACCAGGCUGUCUGCUGCUCACCGAGUAUGCUGUGGGCUCCUAGCUCAAGCGGAUCCACUGCUCAGGUCCAAGCAACUGAGAAAGUUCCCCAAAUUGUCAAGUUUAUGGUGGACAAUGCCCUAGAGAUCUUUGGUGAAGACAUCCUGGAUUUGUUUGGAGGACCUCCUGUCAAGAGACUAGAGCCAAAUCGACGUGAUUCGAGCGGGGACUCUGACAGUCUGCACGGCUCAGUGGAGGCAAGCGGAAUGAAGCGAGAUGAUUCCUCCAUCGAUAGCAUCGACCGGGAACUAUCUGGCAUUGAGGGCUGGCCCAGCACCCUACCAGUCCUGUCCCCAUCCACUCUGAGCCGAGAUUCUGGGCUCACAUCUAGCGACAAUCAGCUGUAUCCCGAGUCAGACACCACAGACACCACAGAUUCUGGGGUAGAUGCCAAGGAACGACAUGGUCAGAGUAGCAGCCCAAGUCCUGCAGCGAGCAUGAAGCAUGUGAGAAGCUCCUCAUCCCUGGAGAAGGGAGACGGGGUGUGUGUGGAGCCGUCGUACUUGCGGCCGGACAUAGCCCAUGUGAGAAGGGUGUCGGAGCCCAACACCAAUAUGCCCAGGAAUCGCUACAUCCUCACCAAGUCCCUUUCCUUGGCAACCUCCGAGGAAAACAGCCCCGAGGGCUCAGACAAUGAAGUGGAACUGAGUGAGGAGACCGUCCAAAUGAUCCGGACAUUAAAUGAAGAGUGCAGCUUCAAGCUCUUCAGUGAUCUGCUGCCAGAUGAGGAAUCUGGUCCUGAAGGUGACGGCUUGAAGAAAACACUUGACAAAAGGCGGCAGGACUACCUGAAAUCACAGAAGUCCCAGCAGGCUGAGGCAGAAAUCGUGUCAGUCAACUCCUCUUCUGCCAACUCACUCAUGGCAAGUAUGGAUAUUAUGGGACAUCCCAGCAGCUCACCCACGUCGGAUAAGAACCCUCUGGCUCAGAAACACAAGCAGAGGCGGAUAUCCAUGCCGGCCAAGUUCUACAACCCACUGAACGUUUUCCACAAAAAGGUCCCAUCCACCAAGCGCAGCACUCCAUCAACAUCCUCUUCAGAAGGUCUCGCCUCUGAGUCUUCUGAGAGGCUUUUCCCAGGUUAUGUGGACAUGGCAGGGGGAUCAGCAAAAGAGGCCAUUCCACGGCAUGCUUUCCUGGAGAACAGAUCGUCCCCCCUCCCCAAUCAACGGUCACGGCGCCCUCGCAUAUCCUCUACAAGACCUCCUGGGAAACUCUCACCAGAUGGCCACCGAAGGGGUGUGACUUAUCCAGAGACAAUCACUCCACCCAGGGAGUUUUUCCCUCGAGAUGCGACGCAUCUUUCCUUGUCUAGGGGUACACAUCCAGAAAGUCAAAGAGCAACACCAAGCCGGAGCAACCCUGGCAUGACCCGCUCACUGAGCGAUGAACAGAUUAAAAAAUCCCAAUCACUAGACUCAAGAGAGGAAGAGUCUCGAAACGGUCAUGGUGGCUCCAAACAAAGGAUCCGGUCAUCCUUUCAAGAAAGUCCAAGACAGGAUUGCCCUCCUUCCUACCAAGAGACCAUGCAUCGUCUAGCUCAUCUGCAGCAUCAGUCUCAAGCUCUUGACAAACCAGACGUUCCUGUCUUCGACAGUGAGGAGCCCCAACCACGAAGGAGACGAACUGGCGCCAACACCCAAUCCUGCAACAUCUCCCGAUCGCAGCCAGUUUGUCGCCUGCCUAGCUCUCCCUACUCCAAGUCGCCUACUAGGACCCCUCCCAUCAUUGAGAGUGGCAUCAUCUUCCACAUCUCUGACUCGGAAUCCAGCGAUGAUAACACUGUGGACAUUGACAGCCUGCGUCAGUUCAGCCCCGGUGGCCUGCAGAACAAAGAGGUCAAGCAGGUCCGACGCACAACCAGCGACCGCUCAGCCAGGGCUGAUGGUAGAACCCAGUCCUUUGCAAAUGCAGUGGCUGCGGGUAUUCAGAGGACACUCAGUGACAAGAGGACAGCUCAGAACGAUGAGGAUUCCCCUCAUCCCCGUUUGUUCUACGGUCAAGAGGCGACACUAACCUCUCAAUCUCCCCGCUCUCAUCACAACUCACUGUCAAACGGCACCUCAGACAAAACUGCCACUCAGUCUGUCAGAACCUUCACUCGCUCCAAAAGUGUGGACGAAGACAAACUCCACGCGAAGGCAACCAGGAUUGACUCUGUCGACUCGGCCAUCUCCACGGGCUCAGAAAUGUCCCCAAACAUCAGUGCCCGUUCUGCAAAUUUUUCCUUCUCGCCCCCGGCCCAGUCAGUCCAAGCUGACCCGGAAGGUCUGUCGCCCAAGGCCAAGAGCACCAUGCAGGACUACUUCCUAAGCACGGACCCCAUUAACGGGAUGGCCACAUGCAAGGAGACGGAACAGGCUGUCGAAAAGUCUCGCAAGGACUGGCGGUACCUCACAGCCAAGCGUCACUCCAUCGGCUUCCUGGAUGAACUGGACCAUGUGGAAUUCACAGAGGAGUCUUAUGUUUAAGAAAAACAGUGGAAAAAGUUCUUUUGUUUUCUCCCAAGUGUACUUGCAACCUUAGAGUGCCAUUAAUCAAGUAGGUGUAUGUCCAUGCACACUAUAUAAAUAUAGUUGUAUUUUAAAGUAAUGACUGUACAGAUUGAAACUAUAUUCAGAGCUGUACAGUGUUCGUGCUAUAACUGCUAAAUUAUCACUGCAGCCAUCUUGGUAUAGUUCCAUAAAGUCAAUGCAUUGUCAGAGGGUUGAUCCCAGGUUUAGAAUAGUUGUCACCAGCUUUUUUUUUUUUCCGCAAAAGUCUGAAAAACUGUUUUAAAUUAAAAAAUAUAACAAUGACUUUUUGCACUCCAACAGUUUUAAAAAGAGCACCCUCACAAUCAAAAUGUACAUUUAUUACAAAAAAAAGGCCAUUGUAUAUAAAACCACAUGUACCAUAAUAAUACUAUGCCUUUGUAGUUUUAAGCAAGUCAGAUGUUUUCAGGAAUUUGCACACGCUUGUACAUUUUGUAGAUUCACCAUGUAAAUAAAACAAUUGUACUUUUUCUCAACUCAUAAUCCAAAAUUACUCUAGACAAUUGUAUUCAUCUUUUCUUAAAACAAAAUAAUUUAAUUUUUUAUUUGUAAAAAUUCAGUAAAUUCUCAACUUGUUCGUAAACAAAAAAUCGUUAUUUUUUUUCUGUAAAUAAACAUGUACAGUACUUAAGAAAAAAUGUCUGAGUUUCUAGGGACUUUAUAAAAAAAAUAAUUAAUUGGAGGAAUUUUCUCAUGAAAUGUCUGAUAUAAGAGUCACAUAAUAAGUUUCCAAAGCAAGGGCAUACUACAUGUAUAUGGGAAGUAACCUACUGUAUUUAUUAAAUAACAGAGAUGUUGCAUAAAUCAGAAUGGUGUUAUAAAAUAAAAAAAAUAUUCUGUCCGAUAUCCCAAACAGAAAAAAGGGAAAAUUUGACCCAGAUUUACAGGCCUUAAGACUCCAUGGACCACUUGCAACGCCCUGGUGCUGUGAGGAAUUACAAGAUUCAUUCAUAAAAACAAGUAGUACAAUUAAGCUUUUAGUUUUUAAGCAUAAUACCAAUAAUGCUCAAGUCAACAGAAAGACAAUUUUAAAAACAUCCAAUUGACACCUUGCAUCUGAGGACAGGGCUUUGUUCCUCUAUGAUGAGCAACACGUGAAUAAAUGCAUUGCACUCUCGUUGUCACAGAAUUUAAAUGACAAAACCUGUUCUCAUUGAGGGCGCUCCGUGCAAGGCGUUUAUAGGUAUCCAUAGGGAGAAAUCUGAAUGGAUUUCUAUCAAGUCUGUAAGGGUCACAUUAUUGGCUGUUUAUUGUGUAAAUUGAUGUAUAUAGCCAUUUCUAAGCGCCAGUGUUUCGAUUAUGAGCCCUCCCCGCCCCUACCUCGCCCACACCCUUGUUUUUAAUUCUUAAUUCCAGCAAUGCUUGCCAUAAAAGUAAUUUUCCUGUUUGUUUUUACAAAACCCCAAAAUAUCUUUGCGUCACACAAAUUUGAAACAAAAAUAUCUGGGAAUCAGUUCUGGAAUCAAACACUUGUCCAUUGGUAGGAAACAUAAUAUGGCUAAUCCCGACAGAAAACAACAGUUUUAUUUUCGACUGUAGUGUGGAGUCACAAGAUAUGUUUAUUUCUACAGUGCAUAUUGUGCUUGUAUUGUAUAUGUAUUUUGAAUCCUAUGGGCCCGUCAGUAUGUACUGUCGAGCAUUCCCACGUUAACUGGAACACAGUCUAUAUUUCCAGUGCAUCAAGUACACAUGAAUAUACAUAGAUAUAAUAAUUUAUUCGCGAUAUAAUUCUUAUCUAUUCUUAGCCAAAGAUGUUGCAUACAUUAUGUACAGACAUGUAAUACUCCUUUGUUGUAAAUUUUAGGUUAAGCUUACUGUAUUUACCAGUAGUUCCGUUCCUUUCAUCUGAUGGAAGUAGUUAAGGUCAAAUGGUAUGGAAAGAAACUUCCCCAACAUGUGAACCUCAGAAGUGAUUGUCUGUUUUUAGCUGAUUUUAAGGGUCGUCAUUCUUUUACGCAUUUAUUCCUCCAAGUCAGUAUGAAAUGAAGUAGUGGUCUUUACCUUUCCGCCAUUUUGUUGUCUGUCUUGUGUUAUUUCUUGAUACCCCCAACCCGAAUGAAAUAAUAAACCAAUUAUUUUAUAUUGUAUUAUGCCGAAAAAAAUUAUUU